AUGGAAGAAGAUGAUGAAGGUGUUUUAAGAAAUAGAUUAAUUUAUAAAGAUAUUAUAAUUAAAAAAAUCUUUAAAAAGUAUUUACAAUUGGUAAGUUUAUUAAACUCACCAACAUCAGCAACAUCCCCACAAAUUCAACAAACUUAUACACAAUUAUUAAAUGAAUUUUCAUUAUUUGAAUUAAGUAUUCAAAAAGCUCAAACUAUUUCAGAAACUUGUAGAGAAGAAUCAAACUAUUAUGAACAAUUAUGUAAACAAAGAGAGAUUGAAAUUGAAAAUGAAAAAAAAGAAAUAAUAAAACUUAAAGAAACUUUGGAUCAUGAAAAGAAACAUAGGCAAUAUAAAGAACAAUAUUUAGCACUCUAUAAAGUAAUUAAUGAAAAACCUUCGAUUGAACAAACUGAAAAAGAAAUUCAAAAGUCUCAAAAAGAAUUAAAUGAUUUAUCCGACCAAACAAAUAAAACAACAUCGAAAUUAGAAUUAAGAACCAAACAAUUUCAAUUACUUUUACAUACAUUAAGCGAAUUGGAAAAGAAUUUAGAUGAUGAUUUCAUUGACAAUAACAACCAAAAUAGCAAUAAUAAUGAUAACAAUGCCAUGGCCACAACCAAUAGCGAUGAUAUUACAAAUGAUAAUGCAAAUGAUAAUAAUGAUGUAGACGAAGUAAUGAAGGAAGGUGAAGAAGAUGAUGAAGAUGAUGAUAUUACCGAAAAGGAAAGAUAA